AUCCACUUCCUGCCUGGACAGCUCACUUCAGGAAGAAGAAAUAAUGGCGACGCUCAAGGCGUCCGAGUCCCAUUGCACAGGGGCAAAACAAAGAAAUUGUAAAAGUAAUAUCGUGUUCAAGUUCACCGAGAGCAAAAUCACAGGGCAGACGUUUAGUCGCGGGACACAGCUCCCGGGGGGUCUCCUUCAGGAGAGAGACAAGCGAGCCAAAUGGCAAGGCAUUCCCACUUUGCUCCAGAAGCUCUACAAGAGCAGUCAUCCCAACAGUGACCUUUCGCACGCCCAUGGCCUCAUUAAGGUGUUAUCAUCCCAGCUCUCUAUGGAGGCCAUGUCUUUUGUCACAGAGGACAGAAAGUCUGCUCAGGAAUCCACCUUCCCCAACACGCACACCUUUGACCUCUUUGGUGGAGUCCAUCUGCUUGUAGAACUCUUGAUGAGACCCACCUUAGCUAUGCAGAAGAAGAACCCCAAAAAUGCUGUUGCAACAGUGAAUGAUGAUUUGGUGAAAGACUGCCUUAGCGUUCUCUACAAUUGCUGCAUCUGCACGGAGUGGGUGACAAAAAGUCUGGCUGCGAGGGAUGACUUUGUUCUGUUCCUUUUCACACUGAUGACGAACAAGAAGACCUUUCUACAGACCGCUACGCUAAUUGAAGACAUACUCGGAGUUAAGAAGGAGAUGAUCCAUCUCGAGAGCAUCCCUAACCUGUCAGGCCUGGUUCAGAGCUUUGACCAGCAACAGUUGGCCAACUUCUGCCGCAUCCUCUCCGUCACCAUCUCGGAACCCGACUUGGGCAACGACGACAAGCACACCCUGCUGGCCAAAAACGCUCAGCAGAAACGAAACUCGAGUCCCUCACGCGCCGAGGACAAUCAGGUCACCUUGCUGAACAUCCCCGGGUUCAUCGAGCGUCUGUGUAAGCUGGCCACAAGGAAGGUGUCGGAAGCCACAGGGGCCAAUUUCCUGCAGGAGCUGGAGGAGUGGUACACGUGGCUGGACAACGCUCUGGUGUUGGACGCCCUCAUGCAGAUGGCCACGGAGGAGGCGGAGCAAAGCAGCACAGAGUCAUCAGAUGAAAGCUCGCUGGUCCCCAGCCCGCUGAGACAUCGUCUGCCCCCAUCCAUGAAAAUUGUCCAUGAGAUCAUGUACAAAGUGGAGGUGCUCUAUGUGCUGUGUGUGCUCCUCAUGGGCCGACAGAGGAACCAGGUCCACAAGAUGCUGGCUGAGUUCCGUCUCAUCCCAGGUCUCAAUAAUUUGUUCGACAAGCUCAUCUGGAGGAAAUUGACUCUCUCCAACCACGUGGUGCACGGCCAGAAUGAGAACUGCGACUGCAGCCCUGAAAUCUCUUUCAAAAUCCAGUUUUUGCGUCUUCUUCAAAGUUUCAGUGACCACCACGAGAACAAGUACCUGCUGUUGAAUAGCCAGGAGCUGAAUGAACUAAGUGCCAUAUCCAUGAAGGCCAACAUUCCCGAGGUGGAGGCGCUGGUCAACACUGACAGAAGUCUCGUGUGCGACGGCAAAAAGGGGCUCCUCACGCGCCUCCUCACCGUCAUGAAGAAGGAGCCACCAGACUCAUCCUUCAGAUUCUGGCAGGCAAGGGCAGUGGAAAGUUUUCUGAGAGGAGCCACUUCUUAUGCAGACCAAAUGUUUCUCCUGAAGAGAGGACUACUGGAGCACAUCCUGUUCUGCAUCAUCGACAGCGGCUGCACCUCCAGAGACGUCUUGCAGAGCUACUUCGAUUUGCUCGGAGAGCUCAUGAAGUUCAACAUUGAUGCUUUUAAAAGGUUCAAUAAGUAUGUCAACACGCCGGAGAAGUUCCAGACUUUCCUGACGCAGAUCAACAGUUCUUUGGUGGACUCCAACAUGUUGGUGCGCUGCAUCGUGCUUUCCUUAGACCGGUUUCAAAGCCAAACUGAAGAUGUGAAGGUGGUGGAGGUGCUGUCCGAAUGCUGUCUGCUGUCUUACAUGGCCAGAAUGGAGAACAGAAUGGCCUUCCUUUUCCGACUAGUAAACAUUAUCAACGUGCAAACGCUCACGCAGGAGAACGUCAGCUGUUUGAACACCAGUUUGGUCAUCCUCAUGCUCGCCCGCCGAAAGGCCAAAUUGCCCUUCUACCUUCACGCCUUGCGCGAGAAGGAGUACGCCGAGAAGUACCCCGGCUGUCUGCUCAACAACUUCCGCAACCUGCUGCGCUUCUGGCAGUGUCACUACCUCAACAAGGACAAAGACAGCACCUGUCUGGAGAAUAGCUCGUGCAUCCCCUUCAGCUACUGGAAGGAGACGGUGUCGGUGUUACUCGGCUCAGACAGGACUUCCCUGUGUGCCAUAGCCAGCUACAUUGACGAGCCCUUUGUGGAUCUGGACAGAGAUCUGCUGGAAGAUUGACCGCAAGCGGGUGCACUGUGCGGUUUGCUUGGGAGAGGGGGCAGUGGGGGGCGGGGCUCGCAGGUGAGGCGGGGCACUCGACAUCGCUGUGGACUCUGCUGAGCCGUGGAAGCGCCCGCCGGCUCUCCCAGUUGUGCCGCCCUGACGUCGAGGCUGACACCCGGCUGUCUCGACGAAGCCAGCCAGCCAGCCGACCCCACGCUAUGGCAAUGUACGGACCUUUGAAAAUCACGCCUGCAUCGAUCGUUUGCUUUGGGCGGAACAAAAUAGAGCCUUUUUAUAUAAUCUUUACAAAAUGUUAUAAAAUAAGUUUCACUCGACAAGUGUCGCGAGAGUACGUUUUCACCGAGCCGCCUCAGUUUGCGUCAAAUGGCUGCAUCCAACUGCGAGUCUUCAUCGGAGGCCAUCCCCAUUUCCUGUCUCUAUUUGCGCCGCCGUUCAUAGUCGGCCACCGUUUGGUGCUUUCUGGCCUGACCAGCACAUUGUUUGCCCAGGGCUCUUCGUUUCAAAUCAUCCAAUCUAGAAGCUUCCUAAGCUUCUUCGAGGGACUCUUUGUUUGUUUUGUCCUGUUCUAAAUAAUGGCUCUUAGCUCUGGAUUAAAUGUAGAAUAAAACGUUGCACAGAUCCACUUGUUUUUAUUGCUUAUUAUAACACCUGUUGAUUAAAGCUUUUCGUUUUGUAACAAA